AUGGAUCUGCAGUACAGCUACAUCCCAAGUUGCCCUUUCUGCCCCUUUACUGAUCAAGAUGAUACAUUUGUUGCGGAGCAUAUCCAGUACUGCCACCCAGAAGAUACCUUCGAACGAUCCGAGACAUCAUACACCGAUCUCGCUACAGGCCAACAUCAAUCUUCCCCUAGAGAUCUAGGACCACAGGCCCUAUGCCACGGUGAAAUUAACAAGGAGCGCUCCCAUGCCUGCGGUGAGAUGAUCAAAACUGUUGAGCGUUCUCGUCAUCUCAACCCGAAUACUGCGCAAGAAGUUGCACCUGGCAAUACUUCAUCAGACCGAUUGAGAUCAUCGAACUGUGUUGGCAGAGUCAAAAUGCUAUAUGAUUCACAAUGCAAUUUCUGCCCCCUUAAUGCUGAGGAUCACGAAGAAACAUGUAAUGCGUCUGUUGAAGGGUGGCAGCGAGAGCAGAGACUCUCCCCCGGGCCGUCCUCAUCGAGGAGAGAUAGAAGACAGAAUCAGUCUUUGCCAGCUGCAGGCGCCGGCCGUGCAGAAUUGGGCCCCCACGCUCAUGAGAAGCGAAUGCCAUCAUGGCUUCGGAAAUUGCUAGAGCAGGGUGCACAUAAGGGGCAGUCGAAUACGAUCAAUUCUGACGGCACUCUUUCAAGGAGGGAGACGAUCGAAAACGAGGCCACCAACGUGAUCCCGGUGCUUGCACGGCUAUGCCAACAGGACCCAUCAGUGAAGCGAGCUUUCUUAUGUAAUCCCAAGACUCGACAAAUCACGAAGAUGGCCAGGGAAGGGAGCUUCUGUGGUUACCGGAAUAUUCAGAUGCUCAUAUCAUACAUCCAAGAAUCUCACGGUCCUGCUCAUGAGCAAUUUCCGACAUUACCAACCAUACUACAGCUACAGGAUAUGAUUGAAGAUGCGUGGGAUAUGGGAUUCAAUAGUGUUGGACGAGCUGAGACCGGGGGAAUUCGUGGCACUAGGAAGUACAUUGGCACACCGGAGGCACAAGCCGUCUUCCUGAGCCUUGGAGUACUAUGCGAAGCCGAAAGCAUUGGGGAAGCGAAAGAAUUGCGGGCCCACGACGCGUUAUAUGCGGCGGUUGCGGCGUAUUUCCGGCAAACAUGGUCCUUAAAUGAGGAUGAGAAGGUCGUUACGACACACUUACCCCCCAUCUACUUACAACAUCAAGGGCACUCGUUAACCAUUAUUGGCUUUGAGAUACGUGAUAACGGCAGUGCAAAUCUACUUGUCUUUGACCCAAUGUCCAAAAUCCCCCCAGCAGUGAGGUCUCCAAGCAAGCCGAGUGUCAUGACAUCUCCAGAUCAUGCAAAGAUCUUGAAAGCAUAUCGACGUGGUAGCUCUUAUUUUCAGAAAUACAAGACAUUUGAACUUCUCAAGUGA